AUGGAGCCUCGACUCGUGGGCCCCGGGCCCUACCGAGCAACUCGGCUGUGGAAUGAGACUGUUGAGCUCUUUCGAAAUGGAAUGCCUUUACGGAAACAUCGUUUUCACUUCAAAAGCUACGAAGGUUGCUUCACAGCUUCUGAGGCUGUGGAGUGGUUGCACAAACUGCUGAGACGCAACCAAAACUUUAGCCCAGAAGUAACUCGUGCUCAAACAGUUCAGCUUCUCAAAAAGUUCCUGAAGAAUCACGUUAUUGAAGAUAUCAAAGGACGAUGGGGCAAAGAUGAUUUUGAAGAUAAUGGUAAAUUAUAUAGCUUGCAAAAAACUUUAGGCUUGGAUUCUCUGAAUGAUAUUUUGGACACUAAACUUGUAAAUCCAAAGGACAUCAUUCAGAAUGUGUACAAUGUCAACAAACAAGGAACUGUCAUUUUAGAAGAUAAAUCAAAAGAAGUUCCACAUUGGGUUCUAUCGGCAAUGAAAUGCUUAGUGAACUGGCCCAGAUAUCCAGAUCUGAAACAUCCCACCUACUCAGGUUUUGAAAGAGAUGUCUUUAGAACCAUAGCAGAUUAUUAUGCACACAUGAAGGAGCCUCUUCUCACUUUCCAGUUCUUUGAUGUUUUUGUCAGUGUGCUGGGAAUCUUGCAGGAAAAGAAGCUAGCUACUGAAGCAUUGCAGAUUUCUUGUCUUCUUCUGCCACCAGCAAAUCGGCGAAAGCUACAGUUGUUGAUGAUGCUGAUGGCUAAGAUACAGUCAAAUAAAGAUCUUCCACCUCUUUCAGAUACACUUGGAACAAGAGCAAUGAUGGUUCAAACUUUUUCUCACUGCAUUCUUUGCUCCAAGGAUGAAGUAGACUUGGAUGAACUCUUAGCAGCUAAAUUGGUAUCAUUCAUGAUGGACAAUUAUCAUGAGAUCUUAAAUGUUCCUUCAGCCUUAAAAACUGCAGUUGAGGAACAUAUAGCUCAUCUCCAAAGAGUCCAGUUUCAGAAAUCUUAUCCUGAUGUAUAUAAAGAACGUUUUCCUACUCCUGAAAGUGAAGCAGUUCUUUUUCCAGAAAAAAAUAAACAGAAACCACUGUUGAUGUGGGCAUUUAAAAGGCCUUUCCAGCCGUUUCAAAGAACAAGAAGCUUACGCAUGUAAGACUGUGAAUGAGCCAAAUGUCUAUAAUGGUCUGUGGAGCAUUUGGAUUUCCACGUAGGUUCUGAAACUUGUUUAACAAAGAAGAAAAUCAAGGCAGAACACUGCUAAGCUGAGCCAUUAUCACUAUUUGGGGGAGGGUGGGGGGAAUCCCUUGGUGCUUUUUCAUUUUAUUUGUUUAAGUUGAGGUUGGGAAAUAACGGGUUCAGAUGAUCGUAUCAUAGCACGUGAGAGACUUAACACCUGUAGCCUCAUUCUGCAAGCUGCAGUUAAACCAAGAAGUCUCUGAAAAUCUUUGAGUUAUUACUGAGUUAUUAAAAUACAAUCAAAAACACUGGAGCUAUCCUAGUAUUAUCCUAGUGGUUGGGCAACUGUGAUAGGUGAAAUAUGUUGCUAUGGCUUGCUGAGUAAACUAUAUUUAAAACAAACAUUAGUUUAGAAGAAUUUGUCAACCCAGUAGCCAUCCCUAGAGAGAAGAUAAGUAAUAAAUUUCUAUUCCUUCUGUUGAAGUCUGGGAAUACCUGGAGAUCCUUACCAGUUGUGGAGAGGCACAGAACCUGGGCUGAAUACACAGAAUGAUCUCUGCUCAAUAAAUUUCUUUACAGGAAGUCCUUGACAUACGACAGCAAUUAAACCCAAAAUGUCAGUUGCUAAGCAAGACAG